UGGGACUGGGAGCCGCAAAAAACGUAACACCGUAAACAUUACGGUAAAUCACUUUUUAAAGUAACGGAAAAUUUCAAACAAAUAAUAAGAUGGGUGAGUUUUCUGAAGAAGGCCUCACAUUGGAUCUGCUGAGGGAAGCCAGGGAGGUGGUGAGAAGCAGCCCCCUGGGUGUCAUCAACACUCCCAUGAUCCCCUGGUGCCAGACAACCCUGCCUCUCGACAUCCACUGCAACAUCCACAUCAAAUUGGAAAACAUGCAGAGAACUGGGUCGUUCAAGAUCAGAGGAGUGGCCAAUCAGUUUGCCAGGAGACCGAAGGGAGGUCAUUUUGUCACCAUGUCUGCGAAGAAAAAUGGGAACUAUGGGAAGGGGUGGGGGAGGGAAAAAAAAAAAAAGGGUAAAAAAAAAGGGGGGGGGGGCCCCGGCCCCCCCCCCCCCCCCCCCCCCCCCUUCUUCCUGGGGGUUAGUUUCGGGGUGGAGGUGGAGCGGGUUCCUACCUCCUGUCUGAUGAAUGUGGUGAACCGCUGUGUUCAGGAGGAGAACAUGACCUUCCUGCACUCCUAUGAUGAUUUGGAUCUAAUAGCAGGACAUGCCAGUCUAGGUAUGGAAGUUCUGGAGGUGAUGCCUGAGCCUGAUGUGGUGGUGGUGUGCUGUGGUGGAGGGGGACUGCUGGCAGGUGUAGCUGCUGCCAUCAAACUGUCAGGCUGUGAUAAGACCAGAAUCUACGGCGUGGAACCAGAAGGAGCCUGCACCAUGUACAAAAGUUUCAUUGAGAAGAAGCCAGUGGGCAUGGACUCCCAGAGCAUUGCCUCAGGACUUGCACCACCUUUUGCAGGCACACUGCCCUUUGAGUUGUGUCAGCGUUAUGUGGAGGGUAUUGUCCUUAUAAACGAUGAAGAGAUCAAGGCGGCCGUGUCCACCCUCUACCGGUCUGGACUUGUGGUGGAGCCGUCGGGCUCUGCUGCGUUCGCUGCAAUCGUUAACAACAAGAUACCCGAGCUGGAGGGGAAGAACGUGGUGUGCAUCCUCAGCGGAGGCAACAUCGGAAAAGACGAGCUUACCAACUUCCCAGACUGACGAAUGUGCACUACCAUAAUGUGACUUUUCUUAGAGUAACACUGUGAAGAUGAAAAUCUAUUCAGGUCAAAAUGUUAUCAGUACAACUAACUUUAUGAGGAAGUCUCUGUUGUAACAGAAUACUUGUUUGGGAAGUGCAGAUGAAUCAUGAUGAAAUUAACAUUCAUUUUUUAUAACCAAACUCUCUAGAAGAGUAUUUUAAGUGCCACAAUCUCAAGUCGAUCAAUAUACAUUUCAUUUCAAUGUAAUUUUGUUUGUUCCAGUGUGUGUUUUAAUAAACACCUCCAAAAUCUCAUUUCAUUAAGAGUCAAAAAAAAAAACUGAAUGAAAGUGAAUAAAAAGUAAACAUCCAGGUGCAAGUUAAGUAAUGCUGUGACAUUUUACAUUUCUAUUGGUUAGAGAAUU